GUGUUCCUCUCCAACCCCAGUCAAUGUUCUGAAGAUCUUAGAACUAUGAAUAGUUUAGAUUUGAAAGGGCCCUCAGAAACCACUCUCACUUCAGGCCCACAGAACUGAAUUGGCUUGCCUGAAGUCAAACAGGUCUCUCCAUGGUAAUGAAAUAACUGAAACUAAAUUGGUGACCUGUAUUAUAAGAACAAUCACUCAAGAAUACUUCCAGAUGAAGACCACAUUGGAAAUUUCUGCUUAUGUGAAGGACAGAAGCAUUUGUCACAGGAAGAGUCUUGAAGGAGCUCUUCUUUACUUUUGCAGUUGACUUCAAAUAGUUCAGUGAUUAGAGCCUUCUCUGGAAACAUCUUCCCUCCAUUCCUCAGGAGUAUUUCAAUUGACCUUAACUGUUCUGCAUGCUCAUUAUGAACAAAGAAGUCUCCCUGGUGUGAAAUAGCUCAACAUGAGUGGCCUCGGAGACAGCUCGACAGACCCUUCUAACCCAGAUUCACACAAGAGAAAAGGAUCACCAUGUGACACACUGGCAUCAAGCACCGAAAAGAGGCGUAGGGAACAAGAAAACAAGUAUUUAGAAGAGCUGGCUGAAUUACUAUCUGCUAACAUUGGUGACAUUGACAGUCUGAGUGUAAAACCAGACAAAUGCAAGAUCUUAAAGAAAACAGUCGAUCAGAUUCAGCAAAUGAAAAGAAUGGAACAAGAGAAAACAGCAACAGAUGAUGACGUCCAGAAAUCAGACAUCUCAUCAAGUAGUCAAGGAGUAAUUGAAAAGGAAUCUUUAGGACCACUUCUCUUGGAGGCCUUGGAUGGAUUUUUCUUUGUUGUGAAUCGUGAAGGAAGAAUUGUAUUUGUGUCAGAAAAUGUGACUAGCUACUUGGGUUACAAUCAGGAAGAACUGAUGAAUACCAGUGUCUACAGCAUAUUACAUGUGGGAGAUCAUGCAGAAUUUGUCAAGAAUCUGCUACCAAAAUCACUAGUAAAUGGAGUUCCAUGGCCUCAGGAAGCAACAAGACGAAAUAGCCAUACUUUUAACUGCCGGAUGCUAAUUCGCCCUCCAGAUGAACCAGGUACAGAAAAUCAAGAAGCUUGCCAGCGGUAUGAAGUAAUGCAGUGUUUCACUGUGUCACAGCCUAAAUCAAUCCAGGAAGAAGGAGAAGAUUUCCAGUCAUGUUUGAUUUGUAUUGCACGGCGUUUACCUCGUCCUGCAGCUAUUACGGGUUCAGAAUCAUUUAUGACCAAGCAAGAUACUACAGGUAAAAUCAUCUCUAUUGACACCAGUUCCUUGAGAGCUGCUGGUAGAACUGGCUGGGAAGAUUUAGUGAGGAAAUGCAUUUACGCCUUUUUUCAGCCUCAAGGCAGAGAGCCAUCUUAUGCCAGGCAGCUAUUUCAAGAAGUGAUGACUCGUGGCACUGCCUUCAGCCCAUCCUAUAGGUUCAUAUUGAAUGAUGGGACAAUGCUUAGCGCCCACACCAAGUGUAAACUUUGCUACCCUCAAAGUCCAGAUAUGCAGCCUUUCAUCAUGGGAAUUCAUAUCAUCGACAGGGAACACAGUGUUCUUUCUCCUCAAGAUAACACUAAUUCUGGAAUGUCACUUCCUCGAAUAAACCCAUCAGUAAAUCCUAGUAUCUCUCCAGCCCAGGGCAUGGCCAGAUCAUCCACACUUCCACCUUCUAACAACAACCUGGUGACUCCUAGAGUAAACCACCAACCAAGCUCUGACCUUCAUAGCAGCAGCAGUAAUAGUAAUUCCAACACCAACCAAGGGAGCUUUGGCUGUUCAUCUGGAAAUCAAGUUGUAGCCAGUGUUGCCUUAAACCAGGGACAAGCUGGUUCCCAGGGCAGUAAUCACUCUUUAAGCCUCAACAAUUCACCAAUGGAUAGUACAGGAAUUACCUUAGCACAGUUUAUGUCUCCAAGAAGACAGGUUAGUUCUGGAUUAGCAACAAGGCCGAGAAUGCCAAGCAAUUCUUUUUCUCCCAAUAUUCCUUCAUUGAGUUCCCCCAUUGGUAUGGUAGGUAGUGCCUGUGGUAAUCCUAAUAGGACUUAUUCAAACAUCCCAGCAACUUCUUUACAGGGUAUUAAUGAAGGACCCAGUAAUUCCAUCGGCUUUUCUGCUACUUCUCCUGUUCUCAGACAGCUGAGUUCACAAAAUUCUCCUAGCAGAAUGAAUAUGCUCCCAACAAAAGCAGAAUCCAAAGACAGCAAAGAGAUCACUUCUAUUUUAAAUGAAAUGGUCCAAUCAGACAACAGUUCAAAUGAUGUUAAACCACUGGAUUCAGGCCUCUUGCAUAAUAGUGACAAACUUUCAGAGGGAGAAAAUAAAUACUCUCAAACCAGUCAUAAACUAGUGCAGCUUCUAGCAACAACUGCUGAACAGCAGCUACGACACACUGAUGCUGAUACAAGUGGCAAAGAUGCGUUAUCUUGUUCAGGCACUUCAACUUCAACAGCUAAUAACUCUUCAUCUUCAGGCAACACUUGCCCUUCCUCUCAUAGUUCAUUGACUGAGAGACACAAAAUUCUACACAGGCUCUUGCAAGAAGGUAGUCCUUCAGAUAUAACUACUCUGUCAGUGGAGCAUGACAAAAAGGAUAAUGGUUCUAGCUCUGUGAGUAAUCAAGUGCCAGGGAACUCCAACAUAAAAUUAGAGCUAGAGGCUUCAAAGAAAAAGGAAUCAAAGGACCACCAACUGUUGCGGUACCUUUUAGAUAAAGAUGAGAAAGACUUACGAGCAGCUCCAACCUUGAGUUUGGAUGAUGUGAAAGUGAAAGUUGAAAAGAAAGAGCAGAUGGAUCCUUGUAACACAACCCCAACGCCACUUACUAAACCUGCACCGGAGGAAAUCAAGUUAGAGUCCCAAAAUCAGUUUCCAGCUGAUCUUGAACAGUUUGAUCCAUUACUGCCAACACUGGAGAAAGCAUCACAGCUGCCAAGUUUAUGCGAGUCAGAAAGGAUUGAAGCUGGAGGCACUGGGGUAACCGUCAAAUCAGAAAUCCUGCCAACUGCCCUUCAGUCUACCCCAGCAAGACCACCUCCCCGACUGAAUAGAUUGCCUGAACUUGAAUUGGGUGGUCUAGAUCAUCAGUUUGGUCAGCCAGGAAUAGAUGACCAAGUUCCAUGGGCAAAUAACACAUUAACUGCUAUGAAUCAAGGACCUCUGAAUAAAUCAGAAGACCAGUGCAUUACCUCCCAGCUAGAUGAGCUUCUAUGCCCACCUACAACAAUAGAGGGAAGAAAUGAUGAGAAGGCCCUUCUUGAUCAACUGGUAUCCUUUCUCAGUGGCACAGAUGAAACUGAAUUGGCUGAACUAGACCGAGCCCUUGGAAUUGACAAACUUGUCCAGGGAGGUGGAUUGGAAGUAUUGACAGAAAGAUUUCAACCGCAACAAUCAACACCACCUUUAAUGAUGGAGGAAAGGUCUAGCCUAUAUUCGCAGCCUUACUCUUCAGCUUCACCUACUGCAAAUCUCCCUGGUCCUUUCCAAGGCAUGAUUAGGCAAAAACCUUCCAUGGGAACCAUGCCAGUUCAAGUACCACCACCUCGAGGAGCUUUUCCUACUAAUAUGAGCAUGCAGCCUCGCCAGACUCUGAACAGGCCUCCAGCUGCUCCCAACCAACUUAGACUUCAACUGCAACAAAGGUUGCAGGGACAGCAGCAGUUGAUACACCAAAAUCGGCAGGCUAUCUUAAACCAGUUUGCAGCAUCUGCCCCCGUUGGCAUUAAUAUGAGGUCAGGCAUUCAACAACAGAUCACACCACAGCCUCCUUUGAAUGCCCAGAUGUUGGCACAGCGACAGCGAGAAUUGUACAGUCAACAACACCGGCAAAGGCAGCUAAUACAACAGCAGAGAGCUCUAUUAAUGAGACAACAAAGUUUUGGGAACAACCUCCCUCCUUCAUCUGGACUCCCAGUUCAAAUGGGAACUACUCGUCUUCCUCAGGGUGCUCCACAGCAAUUCCCUUACCCUUCUAGUUAUGGUACAAAUCCAGGAACUCCUCCAGCCUCCACCAGUCCAUUUUCACAACUGACAUCAAAUCCUGAGGCAUCCUUGGCCAGCCGCAACAAUAUGGUCAACAGAGGUAUGACAGGGAAUGUUGGAGGACAGUUUGGUACUGGAAUCAAUCCUCAGAUGCAGCAGAGUGUCUUCCAGUAUCCAGGAUCAGGAUUAGGCCAACAAGGUGAACCCAAUUUUACUCCAUCUCUCAGUCCUGGCAGUCCCAUGAUGUCACUGCAGAUUCCUCCAUCUCAAAGCCCUAUGCUGCAGCAAGCUCAGCCCUCUUCAGGCUACCAAUCACCAGACAUGAAGACCUGGCAGCAAGGAGCAAUUGGCAAUAACAACAUGUUCAGUCAGAACCAGCCUACACCUGCACAGCCAGGAGUAUACAACAAUAUGAGCAUCACCGUAUCCAUGGCAGGAGGAAACACAAAUGUCCAGAAUAUGAACCCUCUGAUGGGCCAGAUGCAGAUGAGUUCACUGCAGAUGCCGGGAAUGAAUACAGUGUGUUCUGAGCAGAUAAAUGAUCCAGCACUGAGACACACAGGCCUUUACUGCAAUCAGCUUUCAUCAGCUGACAUUCUCAAAACAGAAUCAGACGGCAGUGCCCAGCAGGUGCAGCAGGUUCAGGUGUUCGCCGAUGUCCAGUGUACAGUGAAUCUGGUAGGCGGGGACCCUUACCUGAACCAACCUGGGCCCCUGGGAUCUCAAAAACCCACAUCAGGUCCGCAGAACCCCCAGGCCCAGCAGAAGAGCCUCCUUCAGCAGCUACUGACUGAAUAACCACUUUUAAAGGAAUGUGAAAUUUAAAUAAUAGACAUACAGAGAUAUACAAAUAUAUUAUAUAUUUUUCUGAGAUUUUUGAUAUCUCAAUCUGCAGCCAUUCUUCAGGUCGUAGUAUUUGGAGCAAAAAAAGGGGUUUGCUUUUUGCUGAGGGUCGGGGAGGUGUUUUUUUGCUUUGUAAAGGCCUUGGAUAUUGAGAGAGCGACUCGGCAGGACAGUUGGACAAUCGAUUUCUUGAGCCAAAUUAAUUGUUCUUAUUUUUAUAAUCGGUCAUUGGCUUCUUAGCUGAAUGAAGGCUUUUGGAGGAGAAUCAAGAUGAAAAGUUCCAAGGGGAGAAAGAAACUCCAUUUCACCUGGAUUUGACUCUGACCCUAUCAUGGAAGAAGGGUUUGGCAGCCCUGUGCCCUUCAGCAAAAAAAAAAAAAAAAAAAAAAAAAAAAAAAACUAAAAAAAACUAAAAAAACAACAACUAUAAAAGGCUGUCCUCUUUCUGUAAAGCCUAUCCCACUCCCAGGCAGCUUGUGUGUACAAUCAGCUUCUUCUAGCAAUUCUAUGUCUGUUGGCUUCAAGAAAGUAUUUUGCACCUCCUCCUCCCCAUUCCGUUUUUUUUUUGUUGUUGUUGUUUUUUUUAAAGAUGGUUUAAAUCAAGAUGCCUCCAAUGUUAGAGGCUGAAAUAUGUACAUUUGCAAGGGAUUUUAAAAAAAAGUACAGUUUGGGGGAAAAUGCAAUAAUUUUUUUGGAAGGGUUGGGGAAGGACAAAGAGCAAGGUCUUUUGAGUUAUUGUAGAUACAAUUUUCUGAUUAAAUGUGGGAAAAAAAGGCAGUCUGUUCUUUCUGCUUUUAUUGUGUUAACAGCUAAGGUAGCUAAAGUUAUUUAAAAAUAAAAGUAAAUUCUAUGAUCUAAGCAGCUUAUUC